AUGCAUGCUAACCAGAUUGGGUUUACUGGCAGGAAACUCACCGAGAGCUUCUUCGUUGUGUCUUACGCCAAAGCCAUACAAACAGCUGCUAUAGCACGAUUCAACAGGCUUUACCACCAAAUCAUGACGCUUCACAGGCCGCAGCCUAAUGCAAGUAGCUUGGUUAUUACACAGGCGCCAAUGAGCCCGUUUUUCAUCUUCCGGACAGUUUCCGACUACACCAAGCAGACCAGACCGCUUUCACUAUUCAAUAACAUGGUGGUUCCUGGAGACUGCGCUCCGAGCCCAAUUGGGUACGUAAUCGUUACCAACAUGGUACGGAAAGGCCUGGGCUCAAAAUCGAUUGACAACUUUGGGUUGCGUUUGCGAAGAGCAAUCUUUAGCUCGCGGUAUUCCCAGGUCAUUUCCCUCAGUGUUUCCUGGCAUCUUUACCUCAAGGUCUUGCGCCGGCCACAUGGCAAGGCUCAUGGAGCAGCCAAAGCAUUGUCUUUGCCUUGCAUGGCUGCUGGAAAUGGAGACUGCGGUUGCACGAUGCCGGGCCAUGGGACUGUUCAGCGUAUCAUAUUCCGAGCUCCCACGAAGGACCCUGCAGCAAUAAUUGACUCGUAUCAGCGCCGUGGUCAACACGCACCCAACCGUGAGUCGCGACUUUCAAGGGGUACCAUCUCCGCACUAACCGUCCGCCAAGCCGUGACCCGACCAGCAACACCAUUGUUCUCGACAGAAACUUUCUUGCGAAGCAUCAAGCCACACACAAGUCUCCGACAGUUGAUUCAAAAAGAAGAUCGAGUGGAACUCACCUGGAGACGGUCACAGACAACCUUGGACAACGGCGACUCCAUCGGGGGGCUCGGCACACUUGCCACUGCAACCCGCAUCCACCAAUCUAUGGACUGUACGCCAGUCACCGCUCCAAGCGUACGUUUUGUGUCGGCGACACGUCGCUUCGCCAGCAGACGUCCCAUUAAAUCGGUGUUUACCGAUGAGAAGGAAUGCAAAGCGUCCCAUUGUCUUCUCAUUGGUCUUCCUGGUAAGGGUUCGUGCUGCGAGCUUCUCCAGAAGAAUGUCACGCUUUCGAACUUCCGUUCCCACGACGGUGGAUUGGAUAACAGAGACACGGCGAAAGCCCAGGUCCAGCCCGGUGAUUCUCUCGGCCGGCUCUUGUCGGAGCUCACUCGGAGCUAUUAUGGCUUUGAUACUCGCGGCCAGCCUCCGUCCCCGACCCGCCACUCCGACACAGAACGUAAUGCAACGUGGAAGAUGUGUUACAUGCUGCCUAAUUUGGCGGAUAUCGGGAGACUCUGUCUUGACUCCUCUGUGGCUAUCGAUAAGUGGUGCUGGUCAAGCCUGUCUCUCACUGUCGAGAACUUCGCCCGAGUCAAGCUCUUGUUGGGAGCAGCAGCAUCACCCAUCAACGCCCAAGCACAGGGGAUCAUCCUAGGAAAAGAAUUCAACUGCACUCCACCCACAACUCCGACCGACAGCCAACGACCCAAGGUACGCACUCUUAUGGUCUUCAUGCAAAUGCAAAUCGCGCGCAAUCGCAAGACAAUCACGAUCUUGCUCCACGCAACGUCCCUCUAUAUCUUUAACUUCGAGACCAUACCAGGCGGACCCAACUUCCCCAGGAUUACCCAAGACUCGACAAACCAGGCAGGAACCGUAUACUGCCUAAUAGAGCUCUCCGCAACCGCAGGCGUCCGGCCAUCCCAUGCUAUCAACUUACUUUUCAACUCCAACCCCGAAACCCUUUCAGAACACGUUGAGCGGCAUUUUGAGUUGGUGACGUGUGCUUUCUUCACAUGCGUGCACGCGACCACGGUUCGGUUGAGAGAAUUGAGCCAAGAGCAGAGGGGCUGGCGCAUGAGCGCUUCGCGAUGCCCUCAGCCGACUGAGGAUACUGGGCCUUGGAAUAUGAAAGCUUUUUUGUUUCUUUUCCCUCUUUUUUGGCUUCCACCCCGCGUCAAGAAUCAGGCCAGGGGCCUGUCUGAUGGAACUGUCCCGGUUGACCCUCGCGGCGUUUGA